UUUCGAUUUGCUUUUUUUUUUGUUAAAAGUCAAAUAUGUGUAACAGUUUUAUAAAAACUUUAUACCUAAAAUCCAAUUAUAUAAAAAAGAAAACUGAUGAUUCUUUUAAAUGGCAAAAGACGCCUCCUUCCUCCUUUCUCUGCCCUGAGCAGCUCCUUUACUGAUAUCCAUAUUUGUUUUUAUGUUAUUAAUUACGUACAAAAAAGAGAAGAGAAAGUAAAACAUAUUUUAUAUUUAAUGUGUAUCAAAUACAGUCUGCCCUAAUGUGAAAUUAUGAAAAGGGGAAGACCCUUCAACAGAGUUGAAAGAGCCUAGCCCUCAGUUACAUUUCUCUUUUCUUGUCUGUAAAAUUGACAGAACAGUUUAAUGGAGACUUUAAGUGAAAAUCAAAUGCCCAUCACAGUAUAGCACCCCUCCUUACCCAAACUCUUAGUCUUUCCCUUUCUCAGUAAUUAUAUUCUUUAUAAGAAGGCAUUCGUCUUUUGUUUACUUCUCUAAUACCUUUUCACUUUGUUGGGAAAGGGACUCACAUUCCCAGCGUCUAGCACAAUGCCAGCAGGCUAUACUGACUCUCUCAUCCUUCCCAAGUCACAUCCCCUGGGAAGCUUUUUCGGAGCUGCCCCCCUCCCCCUGGGUGGAAUUGACAUUUCAGUCUCUUUUCAAACCCCCACCUACCCAGUACAAAACAAAAAUCACAUGCUGCAUUUGACUGCAUUUGUUCUGUUUAAGUCUUUCUUGUUCUUGCAAGCCUUUCUUGGACAAGAACCCUGUCUUGGUUAUCUCUGUAUACCAAGCAGCUAGGAUGGUGCUCUGUCUACAGUAGAUGCCUGAUUUCUAACUGAAUGAAAAACAUGAUUGUGGAGGUUGGGCUCACAUGCUAGGUGAAGUAACUUGUGCUCUGACACCGUCCAGUUCACCUUAGAGCCUUGCCCAUUUCCGGGUGGGCAGGGGAGCUGUGGUUCUGAGAGGUCUGAUGUAGUUUGGGUUACGGUGUGUGCUGCCUUGCCUGCCACAGUCCCAUUUCCUGCUCACUCAACCUGGUAUCUCAUUCGGCUUAGCACUCAUCCCAGAUAUAUGUUAUUUCGAUGUUUAGAAAAUGUUUAGAUAGUUUUAAAAAUAAUCUAAUAGGACUGUAUUAUCAUUUUCUUUAUGUAUAUAAUGAGGUCUAUUUUACAUUUGCAUACUUCACCAGUUUCAGAAGUAUAAUUCAGUGAGUUUUUGUCAAUUUACUGAGUGGCUCAACCAUAACCAUAUCUAGUUUUAGAAUAUUUUUAUCAUCUCAGUAAAAGCCCUCAUACCCAUUUAUGGUUAAUCCCCAUUUCUAUCCCCAGCUAUUAGUCUACUGUCUGUCUGUCUCUAUCAAUUUGCCUUUUCUAGGAAUUUCAUCUAAAUGGAAUCAUGCAGUAUGUGGUCUCUUUUGUCCAGCAUCUUUCACUAAUGCUUCUGAGGCUCAUCUGUCUUAUAGCAUGUAUUAUUAGUUCGUUCCUUUUUAUUGCUGAAUAGUAUUUCAAUUUAUGGAUAUACUACAUUUUAUCUAUUGAGUUAAUAGAACUAUGUUAUAAUUUAAAACCAAUUAUUUGGUAAUAAAUAUUUCAAAAACACUGUAUACUUUCAUUAUUUAAGUGUCCCAUCUCCUCUGAAUUAUCUGUUUGGAUGGUAGCAGCACCCUGGUACAGUAUAGCGUAUCUACAGGUGAUUUCCAGUGUAGAGAACCCUUAGAAAGCCAGGCUGGUUUGAUUUUUGUUCAUAUCAACAUUUCUCGAGCACCUUUGUGCUGGGUUCUAAAGAUGAAAAAAUAAAUAAGAUGUCAUCCCUCCCUUUGAGGAACUUUUAGUCUAAUAAUAACAGAUAACAUUGUUGAGUACCUACUAUUGCCAGGUAUUGGCUCUAAGUACAUUACAUGUAUUAUCUCAUUUUAAAUCCUCACCAUAACAUAUGAGGAAGAUAGUACCAUUGUCAUCUUUUACAGGCUAAACUGUUUCAGAGAGGUUAAGUAACUUGACCAAGUAACUUCCGUUAGUUUAGGAGGCUGGAUGGAUGGUAGAUGGUAUUGCUGGUAACUGAGAUAGGAAAUUCAGAAAAACAAUAACAGUUAUUAAAGGGCAGGAAUGGAAAAGAUAUGAGGAGAGUUUGAGACAGAUUGAAUUUGAGAUACCACGGAACACUCAAGGAGAAAUGUUCAAUGGGUAUUUGUAUCUACACACUUAAAGCUGGGGCAUGACAUCAAAGCUAGAAAUAUAAAUUGUCAUCAGCAUGUAAGAGGAGUAAAGUCACAAGUAAAGAUACCCUCAGGGAGAGUGUGUACAAUGAGAAAAGCUGAAGUUGAUCCUUGGGGUGCACCAGUGUGGACAGGGAAGCUAGCAAAUGCACACCCAGAAGGAACACUGGGGAUCUGGGAGGAGAACCAAAAGACAGCAGAGCUGCAGCAGCCAACAGGCAGACAGGCGAGGCAAGGAAAGCAGCAAACGCAGCACAAAGACCCAGGAAGAUGGCACCAAAGUGUCUCCUCACUGUGGGAAUGUGGAGGCUAUUGAUGACAUUUGCUUUCAAAGACUGGCAAGGUCUGAAGCCAGUUGGUAGUGGAUUUAGAAAUUAAUGGGCCAUAAUUUCAAGUUAGAGCUACUCUUUUUGUUUUGUUUUGUUUUUGUUUUUUGAGAUGGAGCCUCCCUUUGUUGCCCAGGCUGUAGUUAGUGGUGCGCUCUCGGCUCACUGUAACUUCUGCCUCCUGGGUUCAAGUGAUUCUGCUGCCUCAGCCUCCUGAGUUGCUGGGAUUACAGGUGUAUGCCACCAUGACAGGCUGAUUUUUUUGUAUCUUUAAUAGAGACAGAGUUUCACCAAGUUGGCCAGGCUGAUCUCGAACUCCUAAUGUCAUGAUCCACCUGCCCCGGCCUUCCAAAGUGCUGGGAUUACAGAUGUGAGCCACCAUGCCGGCCAGGGCUACUCUUUUGAGAGUUUCAAGAACUAAAGCCUUGAAGCCUUAGAGCAUUAAAGGAAGAUUUUCUUUUCAAUAUGACAGACUUGAGAACACUUAUACGCUUGGGGCAGUGAGCCCAGAUAGGAAAAGAGAUGAAAAUGUUAAUAUAAGAGCGUAAGGAAACAGUUCGGUAAUUCUGAGCCUUGGCUAUAUAUGAGAACCACCUGGGCUGGGGAAAGCUGUAGCGGAUCCUGCUUCAGAACAGAACUCUCAUUCAGCUGGUCUUGUAGCAGGGCUCAGGCAUCCAUAGCAUUUGUAUAGCUCCCUAGAUGAUAGUAAUGUAUAGCCAUGGUUGAAAAAGACUCAAAUGAUUGGUAGAGUGGAAUUUCAGAGGAGGUGGGAGCAGAUGGGAUUAAUACCAGCACAGAGGCAUUGGCCUUGACCAGGAUAACAGGUAUCUUAAUCUGUGAGACUAGAGGUGAGCAUGAGUAUAUUUAUAGGUAAGUUUACAAAUAUAAAGGUAGGAGGUAAAACUAGCACAUGCCAAUUUAGCAUUCUCAGUUGAAGGGUGAAGCCAAUAGGUGAAGGGAGUUGGAGCUGCAUGGCUUGAGAAAGUGGGUGAAACUUUGGAAUAUGUGCUGGAGGGAGUUGGGUGAGGAGUUGAACAGUGGUCAGCUCGUGCAGAUUGUCCACCAGUCGUUAGGGACACACAGUCCUAAUGCAUUUCCAGUGUGAAAAUAAAACCUGAAACAAGCAUUUCCUCCAGAGACACUUACAGUCAUGAUCUAAUGAUGAGGUUUUGGCAAGAAUGGGUCUCAGUAAGGACAGGGUGAUGGAUUCUGAAGAUCCCACUGAUGGAAGUGGAAGUUUUCAACCAUGGAUCCAAGGAAAAGGAGAGAAGCAAGUGAGGGCAGAGGAGGCUGAUUAGGAGGAAAUGAAGGGCAUGAAGACUAAAUGGGCCACUGAGAUCCAGGUGAAAGACUGGUAAGGUGAGUGGCAUGAACACACUGGCAGGAUGGGAGCUCAUGGUUGACUUAUGCUAUUGGAAGUUAGGCUCGUGUGGAUCAGCUCCAAGGCUCGGUGCUUGGCUGUGGGUACAGUUGAAUGAGGUAAGAUUAAAAGUAAAAGUCUGUUAACAGGAAGAUGUAAAGAAAAUAUUAGGCUAGGGUGUUGGUUGUAUCAUUCAUCUGGAGAUUGAAAACAUCCUAUAAAAGGUUCCGUUUGAGCUGUUAAAAGAUGAGCCUGAUGCCCAUGUUGUUGAUGAAUAAGAGGCGAUAAUCAUAGGCAUGCAUCGGGAUUAGUGAGAUGAGAGGUAAAUGUUCAGCCAUGAGACUCAAAGCAUGGGAGAAUUUUACUAGAAGGUGGUGGGUAAUUCAUGGUUUGGGUUGGAAUGAGGAAAGCAGAAAUGGUGAAACUUUCUUCCACCUCAACUCCAUCGUAUUUAAGCCUUGGAACAGUUAGCAUUUUCCACCACAGAAAUCUGCAGGGAAAAAGGAAUCCUGGGAAGAGAUUAGUUUGGGAUAGGCAAGAAAGUACAAGGUAUGUUCUAAGCAGAGGCCGGUUUGGAAGAGAGGUGUUUCCCAAAGUCUGGCAUUGAAUAAUAAACAGCAACUACACUGGAUAACAGGGACCUUCAGCCUGAGCACUGAUUGCUGCUUCAAGCCUCCUUCCAUCCUUAUGACUCGUCAAACAGAACAUCUUCAUUUAAGCUGCCAUUCUUUAAAGAUGCCUCUAUCACUUGCUAAUCUUGCUUUUCAGUAAAGACAGAGUAGGCCUCAGGCAUACAGUGGGACUUUAAUAGGGUCUUGUUAGUAUUUCAUCUAUUUUAAUAUUACCUUGUAUUCAUGGGAAAUGAUCCUGGUGUAUUUAUGUCAUAUAAAAUCUUUUAUGAAAUAUGUAUUUAAGUUCAUUUUUAAAUAUUCAGUCUAUAAUAGCAGAAGUGGCAAAAAUAGCAAAGGUGGUAUGGGAAUGACUGGAGUUUUGGAAGUUGUGACUCAAAUUAGAGGAUGAUUAAGGAAGGACAAGAUGGAGGGGAAGGAUUUAGAAGGGAGGGCAGGCAAGAACCCUAGUUCCCUAGGAAAGGAAACUGUGACAAUAUAAAGGGUCCACCAUCAGAGUGAACCCUAGACCAUUUGGAUCUUCUGAGAUUCCCCAGGAUAGUCUCCAGAAGCAGAAGAGGCUCCUGGAGCUCCUCUGCCCAGAUCUCAUGCCACUGCUCAACACAGAACUCAGAGACAAGAGACCCAGCUGAGCCAGGACAGCCUUUGUGAAGCUGUGCUCCCAGCAGUUAGGGGGAAUUCUUUGUGCUCAUUAAUGAAGGUUCUCAAAGGAGUCAUAGAGAACCACAGACCUACCCAGGGAAACCCCAACAGAACCUUGCUAUGGCUUAUAUCCUCCCAAGAUGUAGUUCAUUAAGAACAAGUUUCUGAUUGUGUGCAGCUAAGGGUACUUGGGUUUUAAGCAAUGGAGUCAAGCAAAGGCAAUAGUGAGAGGUUCUUAGACCUCCAUAUGGAAAACUACAAGACACUGUCAAGAGAAAUCACGACAAAACAAACGGAAACACAUCCUAUACUUAUGGAUGGGCAGAAUCAAUAUUGUGAAAAUGACCAUACUGCCAAAAGUAGUCUAUAGAUUUGAUGCAAUUCUCAUCAAAAUAGCACCAUCAUUCUUCACAGAAUUUAAAAAAAAUUCUAAAAUUCAUAUUGAACCAAGAAAAGGUCUGCAUAGGCAAAGCAAGGCUAAGCAAAAAGAAUGAACCUGGAGGCAUCACAUUACCUGACUUCAAACUAUACUAUAAGGCUAUAGUCACCAAAACAGCAUGGUACUGGUAUGAAAAUCAGCUCAUAGACCAACGGAACAGAAUAGAGAACCCAGAAAUGAAGCUAAAUACAGCCAAUGGAUGAUAACCAUGCAAACAAAAAUAUAAAGUUGAGAAAGGACACUGUAUUCAACAAAUGGUGCUGCAUUACUUUGCAAGCCACAUGCAAAAGAAUGAAACUGGACCCUCAUCUCUCCCCUUAUACAAAAAUCAACUCAAGAUGGAGUAAAGAUUGAAAUCUAAGACCUGAAACCAUAAGCAUUAUAGAAGAUAACAUCCGAAAAAUUCUUCUGGACAUUGGCUUAGGCAAGAAUUUUACGACCACGACCCAAAAGCAAAUGCUUUAAAAAAAGAGAUAAAGAGCUGGGAUUAAUUAUACUAAAAAGCUUCUGCAAAGUAAAAGCAAUAAUCAGCAGAGUAAACAGAAAAUCCACAGAGUGGGAGAAAGUCUUCACAAACUGUGCAUCUGACAAUGGACUAGUAUCUAAAAUCUACAAGGAACUCAAAUCAGUAAGAGAGAAACAAAUAAUCCCAUCAAAAAGACAUGAAUAGACAACUCUCAAUUCUCAAAUAUACAAAUAGCCAACAAACAUGCAAAAAUGCUCAUCAUCACAAAUUAUCAGGGAGAAGGAAAUCAAAACCGCAAUGCGAUACUGCCUUACUCCCGCAAGAAUGGCCAUAAUCAAAAAACUCAAAAAACAAUAGAUGUUGGUGUGGAGGUAGGGAAAAGGGAACACUUGUAUACUGCUGGUGUGAAUGUAAACUACUACAAACCACUAUGGAAAGCAGUGUGGCAAUUCCUUAAAGAACUAAAAGUAGAACUACCAUUUCAUCCAGCAAUCCCACUGCGAGGUAUCUACCCAGAGGAAAACAAGUCAUUUUAUGAAAAAGAUACUUGCACAUGAAUGCUUAUAGCAGCAGAAUUUGCAAUUGCAAACAUAAUGGAAUCAGCCGAAAUGGCCAUCAGUUAACAAGUGGAUAAAGAAAAUGUGGUACAAACGUACUGUGGAAUACUAAUCAGCCUUAAAAAGGAAUGAAAUAACAGCAUUUUCAGCAACCUAGUUGAAGCUGGAGACCAUUAUUCUAAGUCAAGUAACUUGGGAAUGGAAAAGUAAUCAUCAUAUACCGUCACUCAGAAUUGGGAGCUAAGCUAUAAGGAUACGAAGGCAUAAGAAUGAUACAGUGGACUUUGAGGACUUGGGGGAAUGGGUGGGAGAUGAGUGAGGGAGGAAAAACUACACAUUGGGGCAGUGUAGUGGGUGCACCAAAACCUCAGGAAUCACCCACUAAAGAACUUAUACCCAUGACCAAACAUUAUCUUUUCCAAAAAACUACUGAAUAAUUUUAAAAAAAUAAAUAAAAGUGAAAUGAGAGAAAUUAGUGUUGAGAGAGAACUUAUUCAUGGAGGUAGGAAGGCCGGAAAUUAGAGCAAAUCCACAUAAAAUCAACAUUACCAGUGCUAAAACAAAACCUGACUCUAUUUUCUUAAGAGCAAAAUUGUAAAAAGUGACAUUAACGUCCAUCCUAGAAGAAUGAAACACAUAUCACCAUUAUUGAUACGAGUAAAUGAUUUGUUUUUCCUUGAAAGAGUAUCCAAGUGUAUUGUGUUCAUUUUCAUACUGAUCACAGAGAGCACCCUUCUGGCAACAGGUAGCCGUAGUUUUCAGGACCUGGCAGAAAUUCUAUCUUCUACCUUUAAAACUCAGGCACAAAUUACGGGCAGCUGCUAGGCCCCUCUGCCCAGAGCCAAGUGACUGGCACCAUCAGUGGGAGGGAAGGAGGCUUGAGCUUCCCUGGUCCCCCAGAUCAUCUGGCUGCUGCUUUCCCCCGCUGCAGCUGCACCCCUUGACCUCCCAGUCUGUGAGGUGCCAGCCUGCCCCGUGCAGGAUUCUAUGGCCAGCAGGUGCCAGCGCGUGAUGCUUUGUGCGCUUACUGACGUCCCGAGGCCAACGGUCACGGUCACCAAGUUCUGCACACUUGGCACCGGCCGCAGACUUCGGAAACUUGUGGAAGCCGAGUUUCUAAGGAAAGGUCCCGACCGCUACACUGCUGUCAUGGGCAGCUGUCUGAGCCAAUUCCUGGGUUGGCCCCGGGCCAAGCUGCCGCCCCAAGCCCAGAAGCCCCGGGCCCUGCGCUCCAGACCCUUCCGACGCUCCCAGGUCCAGGACUGCUACAAAGUCGUCUAUGUCCACAGGCCGCGCUGGGUCCGCACCCGGCCCCUCCCCAAGACUCCUCCAGGCUGGGACAAUGCCCGCAUCUGGAGGUACUUUUCCAAGAGACCAUCGCUCCAGAGCUUCAUUGUCCCGGGCUCUUCCGAUAUCGGCCAGGCCUACGUGAAGUGGCGGCUUUGGCACGCCCGGCACCCGCCGUCUGUCCCCAGCCUGGUGACCGUGAAAAUCGCCCCGCCGGAGCACAGAGGGGAGCCUCGACAAGCCUCUCCUGCCCCGGAGCGCCCAGAUCCCUGUGCCAGGGAGACCAUGCUCAAGGCCCUCAGCCAGUGCAACAAGGGAAAAAGGAAAUUCACCGAGCCACUCUGGUUUGAGGCCCCGGACGCCAAGCGGAGGAAGCAGAACCCGGCACCCAGGCCUUCUGCCUUCAAGCCCGUCAGGAGACGUAGAGAGGCAAGUCCGUCAAGAGACAGCCCCAUCUUUGUGCCCAGGCCUGGGCCGCUGAGAAUCCUCCGAACUCCCGCAGCAGUGUCUUCGGGGAGAUUCGGCCUUCCCUUAGUCCGCCGCCCGCCCUACUGCAGGAAGUACGCUGUCCAGAGCCCAGUCCCAGCGGCCACCACGGGAGCUCUAGCAGCAGGAGCCACUGAGCCCACCGGGGCACUUCCCACCGCUUCAGCUGACCACCCUGCCAGCCCCAGCCCCGCCUCUCCUUAGCCUGCGGAGCCCCCACUGAAGAGACAUCGUUGCUCUCAAAACCCUUCCCUUUCCCCUGCCCACCCACUUCUGCCUUCUCCCUGGAACAGGAGGCAGCCAUAUCCUCUAUUUUCCCAGUUUGUAUAGUAAAUAUUUGUUCUUCUUUUAAAUAAUAGUGUCUUUAUUAUUUAAAAAAAUUGAAAUCAGCUGAAUAUCCUUAAGCAAAAAAUAAAGAAAAAUUCAAGCCACACCUCACACUAUAUACAGAAAUUAACUCAAGUGGAUCAUAGACAAAAUGUAAAACCUACAAAUGUAUAUAUUUUAGAAGAAAAGAAAGUAAAAAUUUGUUGUGACUUUGGGUUAUGCAUAUUUUGCUUUAGAUAAUAGUAAAAAGAGUGUAAAAGAAAAAACUUAUGAAUUCGACUUCGUGAAAAAUAAAAACAAUAACCUCUUCAAAACGUACUGUUAGGAGAAUGUGAAUGAAGCCCUAGGCUGUGGGGUAUGUUGCAUACCAUGUAGCUCAUGAAAGAAUUAUAGAAAGAAAAGGUAGGGUGGCUGGCAAGAUGGCCAAAGAGCUAUAGGUCCAGUCUGCAGCUCCCAGCGAGAUCAGUGCAGAAGACAGGUGAUUUCUGCAUUUUCAACUGAGGUACCCGGCUCACCACACUGGGACUGGUUAGACAGUGGGUGCAGCCCACAGAAGGCAAGCUGAAGGAGGGUGGGGUGUCGCCUCACCUGAGAAGCACAAGGAGUUGGGGAACUCCCUCCCAUAGCCAAGGGAAGUCUUGAGGGACUGUGCCAUGAGGAACCGUGCAUUCCAGCUCAGAUGCAUGGUACAGCAUGGUACUGGUAUGAAAAUAUGCCCAUACACUGUUUACAACAGCAAAGACCUGGAACCAACCCAAAUGCCCAUCAAUGACAGACUGGACAAGGAAAAUGUGGCACAUAUACACCAUGGAAUACUAUGCAGCCAUAAAAAAUGAGGAGUUUGUAUCUUUUGUAGGGACAUGGAUGAAUCUAGAAACCAUCAUUCUCGGCAAACUUACACAAGAACAGAAAAUCAAAUACCACAUGUUCUCACUCCUAGGUGGGUGUUGAACAAUGAGAACACAUGGACACAGGGAGGAGAGCAUCACA